AUGGCUGAAGGGAGCAGCAGCGCGGCGCUUGUGACAGGGCUUCUCGUGCUGGCUGUGGUCUCCGCGGCUACCGCCACCUUCGUCGGGCGCUCUCGUCUCAGAAGCAAGUACCUCUCGUCGAGCAGCGGUCGAGAUCCAGCAGGUGACAACAAUGCGGGCGCGGAACGCGCUGCCCCUGCUGGGGUAGGGGGCCCAGUUGGUCGGGGAGGAGCAGCAGACGAGGCAGGGGGAAAGCAGGAGGGAGAAGAAAAGGAGGAACUGAUGUUGCCUGCUUUGCUCACAGCAACCCCCCGCUGCUGGGAGAAUCCGCUUGUUCUCGGCUUCAGAAAGCUGAAGGCCAGGACGACUUUGGGAGCCUUUUCGUCAGUUCAACAAGCGAGGGCAAACCCGGAGCUUCCAGAAGCUUCCAAUAACGUUCUGAGCCUCGACGGUACCUGGAGGUUCGCCCUGCACUCCUGCCCGGAGCACGCGCUGGCCUCCAGAUUUUUCUCUAGAAAAUUCCGGGAGGCUGCUGCGGGAGGCCUUCUGGAACGUGGCGGUAGCGGCGUUUCCUCGGAGGGGGGCGGGGGAGGAAGCGGCGGCGUGCGCGGGGCGGACGGCCGCUGGAGGGACACUCCGGUUCCUAGCUGCUGGCAGAUGCAGGGUUACGACGUGCCUAUCUACACCAACAUACAGUACCCUUUCCCGGUUAACCCUCCCACCGUCCCCGCGGACAACCCGACGGGGUGCUACCGCCUCGAGUUCUCCCUCCCCGAUGCCUGGGGAACCUCCGGCGGCGGCGGCGGCGGCGGGAGGACGGCGGUGGAGCAGAGGAGGGUUAUCUUGCACUUUGCGGGUGUCGACAGCGCGUUUUUCGCUUGGGUGAACGGGCACUUGGUGGGAUUCUCGAAGGACAGCCGUCUACCGGCGGAGUUCGAGGUGACGGAGCGAGUGCUCUACGGUUCCUCAGCCAAGAACGUGCUGUCGGUGAUGGUGCUGCGCUGGAGCGACGCCUCCUACUUGGAGGACCAGGACCACUGGUGGCUCAGCGGAAUCCACCGCAGCGUGCGGCUCGUGAGCCUGCCCAAGUUCUGCUCCCUCUCCGACUUCUCCUGGCACGCGGUAUUUUCUGCGCCGCCCCACACCAACGAGGACAUCGACGAGGCGCGUCUGAGCAUCCGGUGCUUGGUCGACCGGCCCCCCGAGCCCACCACCCCCCCCGGCGGUGCCCCCGCGGUCCAAAUCCGAGCGCACCUCUUCGAGGAAGGGGUCAUGGCCGCGCCUUCGACUGCGGCCGUGCUACCUAGCCGUGGCCCGGAGGAGGCUGGGAGGGACGGAGGGGGGUCCCGUAUGGGGGUGCAGGGUGAGGGGGGUAGUGGGAGGGGGGCACCGGUGGCGCGGGCCUCCUGUACGACGAGCGGGAUGUACGUCGGUCUGUAUCUCAAGGUCCCCCGGCCGCAGCUGUGGACGGCGGAGCAGCCUCACCUCUACACCCUGGUGGUGUCGAUGCACCGGGUGGGCCCCCACGAGGAGGUCGACGAGGAGGAAGCGCCGCUGCAGUGCGAGAGCUCGCGCAUCGAGAUCUCCGGGGGACAGCUGCGGGUGAACGGCCGAGCGAUCACGGUGGCGGGCGCCAACCGCCACGAGCACGACGACUCGGGGGGAAAGGUCGUCCCGCUGGAGUCCAUGGUCCGCGACGCUCUGGUGAUGAAGCGGCACAACUUCAACGCAGUGAGGACGAGCCACUACCCGAACCACCCCUUCUUCUACGAGGUUUGCGACCGUCUGGGGCUUUACGUGGUGGACGAGGCGAACAUCGAGACCCACGGGAUGGAGCCGACGCCGUCCAGGCUGACCAGAGACCCCGAUUGGCAAGAGGCCCACAUCGAGCGCCUUAAGGGCAUGGUGGAGCGCGACAAGAACCACCCUAGCAUCAUCUCGUGGUCUCUUGGGAACGAGGCCGGCCUGGGGGCGGCGCACUACGCCAUGUCCAAGUGGCUCCGCGUACGAGACCCCUCCAGGAUCAUCAUGUACGAACCGGCGAUGUUCGAGGGCUCCCCUCCGGCGGCUGCGUCUCGCCGGCAGCAACAGCAGCAAGAGCAGGUACAAAGCUCCUCCGCCACAGACGUGAUCUGCCCCAUGUACGCCCGCGUGGAAAAAUGCGUCCGGUUCCUCCACGAAGACGACCGAAAGUUAGCGACAACAGAUGACAACGGCGGCGGCGGCGGCGGCGGCGGGCGUCCGCUUAUCCUCUGCGAGUACAGCCACGCCAUGGGCAACAGCAACGGGAACCUCCACAAGUACUGGGAGCUGUUCCGCUCGAACCCCCGCUGCCAGGGGGGCUUCGUCUGGGACUGGGUGGACCAGGGGCUGAGGAAAACUAUCCCCGGUCCCCCCGGGGGGGCCGGGGGGGUGGAGACCUGGGGGUACGGGGGCGAUUUCGGGGAGCCGGUGAACGACGGGAACUUCUGCGUGAACGGCGUGGUGUGGCCGGAUCGCAAGCCGCAUCCGGCAAUGGAAGAGUUCAAGUACCUCAUGCAGCCCUUCCACGCCUCCAUCCUCCCGGGUGGGGUCACCACCACCACUCCCCGCCCCAGCGCCCCCUCCCCCACGACCGUCACCCUCUCCAUCGCCAACCGGUACGACUUCACCGACAAUCUCUGGGACAUUCUCGUUUUCGGGUGGCACGUGGAGGUAGACGGCGUGGUGGUGGCGGGAGGGGACGACCUGUCGCCGUCCUCCCCUCCUCCCCCGCGCAGCAGCGACGACAACGACCGGGAGCCAGGGGCGACGCGAAACCAGGGCGGGGGGGAUGAUGCAUCGGGUUUUCCUGCGGCCGCGGGGGGAGGCGGCGGAGCCGGCGCCGGCAGAGUUACGGCGGCGACGUUGACCUUCGAAUCGCUCCCGUCGUUGACGGGCGGCGUUGAGAAGGAGUGCUGGCUGACGGUGACGGGACGGCUGCGGGCGGCGACGGCGUGGGCCCCAGCGGGGUACAAGGUCGGACACGUGCAGCUGGAGCUGCCGCGGAGCCCCGAGAGCAGCGCGCUGCAGCUUCUGGGCGGCGACGAGGGCGGUGCGGUUGACCUGUUGGAGGCCGUCGAGAAUGAUGAUGAUGAUGAUGGGGUCAAUGGCGAAGACGAGCACUCGCGUCGAGCCCUGGGCCUCCAGUUCAACCGAGCCCCUACGGACAACGACCGCGGGGGCUACGUGGGGCGCUGGGACGUGGCGGGCCUGCUGGAACCGGCGCUGGGACCGUUCGGCGCCCGUUCCGGGUGGGAGAGGAGAGAGGCCGAUGGUGCCGUCUUGGUCACAACGGAGUUCAAGCUGAGGCCGCGUGCGCCGAAGCCCAGGCUGUGCAAGCUCUUCUACAAGGUCUCCUUCGUACGGGCCACGGCGGCGGCGUGGCGCCUGGGCCACGCCGCGGAGGAUAACAGCGGCGGCAGCGGGAAGGGCGUUCGCGUGUGGCUGCCCCCCGUGCGGCUCAACUCUACGCACGACGUCGCCGCCGGCAUGAGCGUGGCCCCUGAGACCGCGGUAGGGGAUGCCGAGGGCGUCGGGGGAGGGGGAGGGGGGGGGGACGACGACGACGCGGAAGGUGUUGAAGAUUUCGAUGCGGGCGAGUUCGAGUGCAGGGUCUGCUACGCUGUUCUGCCUUCCGGCGUGCUGACGGCGGAGAGUGAUGUCUCUAUGCCGGAGCACUGGCCGGUCGUCCCGAGGGUCGGCAUCCGCGUCCUUCUCCCGGGAAGCUUCUCCUCGAUCCGGUGGUUCGGCCGCGGGCUGCACGAGAACUACCCGGACAGGAAGGCGUCUACCGUCGUGACCAGACACGCCUCCUCCGUCGCGGAGCAGCUGACGCCCUACAUCAGGCCCGGGGAGUGCGGUGGCAAGGCGGACGUGCGCUGGCUGGAGCUCCCCCCGCGGCCCGUCACGGCCGUCAGCCUGGACCACCGGAUCAUGGGGGUCGGCGGCGACGACUCGUGGAGCGCCUGCGUCCACGACGAGUAUCUGGUCCUCCGCGAUGGCGAUGAUGUCGUCGACGGCAGUGGCCUCGCUGCCACCAGCGAAGGGAAGGCUGCUGCUGCCACCGUCGGCGGCGGCGGUGGCGGCGUCAAGCGACGACGGGGACAACCGCACAGCGGUGAUCUAUCGAAGGGGCCGGUGGAUAGCAAAAUCGAAUUGUCACAUCAGGCGCGCUUGCACAUUGACGGCGGUUUGGAGGCGCUUGAGUCAGUCGAAUGUGGCAGGUAA